CUGGGGUUGUCAUUGGUGAAGGAGUCCAUGAUUGACUGUGGUUUGUGGAUUUCACAGAUUCAACUAAUUGUUAGAUUCGAAAAAGGUUGUUAAAGAUAUGAUGGAUCUUUUGGCAAUUUUGAUACCUGGACUUCUCUCGGUUUGUAGUUUUCAGUAAUGGGUUGUGUUUAUUCAAGGGCUUGUAUUGGUGAAAUAUGUGCACCCAAAGAUGUAGAGGUCAAAGAAACUGAAAAUGUGAAAGCAGCUGAGAUCCCUGUAUUCUCACCUGCUUCUUCAGAUGACGAAGAAGGGGAAACUAGAGAUCAAUUCCAUCAGCUGGGUAUAACAAGGGAUUCUGAAGUGGCUAUAACUAGGCUUUCUAGGAUUUCUGCACAGUUUCUUCCCUCCGAUGGGUCGCGCACAGUUAAUGUUCCGUCGGGAAACUAUGAAUUACGAUAUUCAUUUUUAUCUCAGAGAGGUUAUUACCCAGAUGCUCUUGAUAAAGCUAAUCAAGACAGUUUUUGCGUUUACACUCCUUUUGGAACAAACCCUGAUGACCAUUUCUUUGGGGUUUUCGAUGGGCAUGGAGAAUUUGGGGCCCAAUGCUCGCAGUUUGUGAAGCGAAAAUUAUGUGAAAACUUGCUUCGACAUAGUAGAUUUCAUGUGGAUGCUGUUGAGGCUUGUCAUGAUGCAUUCUUGACCACAAAUUCGCAGUUGCAUGCUGAUACUUUGGAUGAUAGCAUGAGUGGGACAACUGCAGUUACAAUAUUGGUCCGGGGCAGGACGAUUUAUGUUGCUAAUUCAGGUGAUUCAAGGGCUGUUAUAGCCGAGAAAAGAGGGAAGGAUAUUGUAGCUGUUGAUCUUUCAAUAGAUCAAACUCCAUUCCGUGCUGAUGAACUUGAACGCGUUAAGAUGUUUGGAGCAAGAGUUCUUACUUUGGAUCAGAUUGAAGGAUUGAGGAAUCCAGAGGUGCAAUGUUGGGGUACUGAGGAAGGGGAUGAUGGUGAUCCUCCUAGGCUUUGGGUACAAAAUGGUAUGUAUCCUGGUACAGCUUUUACGAGAAGUAUAGGUGAUUCUAUUGCUGAGACAAUUGGGGUUGUUGCGAACCCUGAAAUUGUUGUCCUAGAGGUCACAAAAGAUCAUCCUUUCUUUGUGAUUGCCAGCGAUGGGGUUUUCGAGUUCCUUUCUAGCCAAACCGUGGUUGACAUGGUUGCAAAGUUUAAGGAUCCUCACGAUGCUUGUGCUGCAAUUGUUGCUGAAUCUUAUAGACUUUGGCUACAGUAUGAAACUCGUACAGAUGACAUUACUGUGAUAGUUGUGCAUGUAAAUGGAUUAACCGAUAUUGCUGUUGGUCAAUCAGCAAGUUCUGGUGAUGUACUAAGACCACCAGUCCCCCAAGUUAUAGAGGUGUCCGGAUCAGAGUCUCCUUCAACUAUUAACUGGAACACUAGGAACCAGCGGGAAAGACAUGAUAUAUCCCGGGCGCGGCUUCGUGCCAUAGAGAGUUCUCUAGAGAAUGGGCAAGUGUGGAUUCCUUCUUCGCCGGGUCAUAGGAAAACCUGGGAAGAAGAAGCGCACAUUGAGCGGGCCUUGCACGAUCAUUUUCUUUUUAGAAAACUCACUGAUUCUCAAUGUCAUGUUCUGUUGGAUUGCAUGCAAAGAGUUGAGGUUCAACCGGGGGAGAUUGUAGUGGAACAGGGUGGAGAAGGUGACUGUUUUUAUGUUGUUGGCAGUGGAGAGUUCGAGGUCUUGGCAACCCAGGAGGAGAAAAAUGAACAGGUGCCUAGGGUCCUACAACAGUAUACCGCUGAAAAGUUAUCAUCCUUUGGGGAGCUGGCACUGAUGUAUAACAAACCCCUCCAAGCUUCUGUUCGUGCUGUGACUAGUGGAACUCUUUGGGCACUAAAAAGAGAAGAUUUUAGAGGAAUUCUUGUGUCAGAGUUUUCAAAUUUGUCAUCGUUGAAGCUGCUUCGGUCGGUAGAUCUUCUCUCAAGGUUGACGAUCUUACAGCUGAGUCACAUUGCAGAUUCUCUUUCCAAAGUUUCCUUCUCCAAGGGACAGACAAUAGUUGCUACGAAUGAAAGUCCCCUGGGAUUGUAUAUUAUCCAGAAGGGACAAAUAAGAAUAACCUUCGAAGCGGAAUCACUAAGAAGGCCAAACUCUUCCAGCCUUAUGUCUGAAAAUCCGAAGCAGAAUGUUGAUAUUCAGAAUAACAAGGAGAUCUCCUUGGAGAAGACUGAGGGAAGCUAUUUUGGAGAAUGGACCCUUCUGGGCGAACAUAUUGUCACCUUAAGUGCUGUUGCUAUUGACGAUGUGGUAUGUGCUGUUUUAACGAAGGAGAAGUUUGAUUCAAUUGUUGGCCCUCUGACAAAGCUUUCACAGGAUGAUCACAAGUCAAGGGACUACUCUACCAGUGUUCCUAAGCAACCUGUCAAAAACAUUGAUCCUUCAACUCUUGCAAAAAUUCAGCUCUCUGAUUUGGAAUGGAGGGCAUGUUCAUAUUCAACGGAUUGCAAUGAGGUUGGGCUUGUACUGUUGAGAGACUCAGAAAAUCUGCUUAGCUUGAAAAGGUUUUCAAAGCAGAAGAUCAAAAAGCUUGGAAAGGAAGCACAGGUUUUAAAAGAGAAGAACCUAAUGAUGAGUAUAGGCCCUUUGGCCUGUGUGCCUCAAGUUCUAUGCACUUGUGCUGAUCAAACACAUGCUGGCAUACUUCUGAAGACACAAAUUGCUUGCCCAAUGGCUUCAAUACUUUACAGUCCAGUUGAUGAGCCAUCUGCACGAUUCUGUGCCGCCUCUGUUGUUAUCGCCUUGGAAGAUUUACAUAAGAAUGGUAUUCUUUACAGAGGCAUGUCUCCAGACGUUCUAAUAUUUGACCGUACUGGACAUUUACAGCUGGUGGACUUCAGAUUUGGGAAGAAGUUAUCUGGUGAGAGAACAUUUACAAUAUGUGGAAUGGCAGACUCUUUAGCUCCAGAAAUUGUCCAAGGGAAAGGUCAUGGACUCCCGGCUGACUGGUGGGCAUUGGGAGUCUUGAUCUAUUUCAUGCUACAAGGUGAGAUGCCAUUUGGCUCAUGGAGAGAAAGUGAACUUGAUACCUUUCCAAAGAUUGCCAAAGGACAAUUCAUCGUCCCACAGACUAUCAGUGCUGAAGCUGUUGAUCUCAUCACUAAGCUUCUUGAAGUUGAUGAAAACAUGAGACUCGGAAGCCAAGGUGCAGAGGCUGUCAAAAGUCAUCCGUGGUUUGAUGGUGUUGAUUGGAAAGGGAUAACAAACCAUGACUUUCCUGUUCCUCAAGAGAUCAUCUCUCGUAUAAAUGAACAUCUCGAAAAUCAUUCUGAGGACAUUGUAACUCCUCCAACGUCCCCCCUUCGAGACGUGGAGGAUCUCAACACUCCAGAAUGGCUUGAAGACUGGUAGGAAUAACGAAAACAUGAAACACUCCAGAAUAGCUUGAAGCCUUGUAGAUGGACUUUCAGGCUAUAGUUCUUUUUGUCCCCACGUCAUUGACUUGCGCAGCACACUUGAACUACAGACAUAAACGACUAAAAUUUAAGAGAGAGAGGAGGAAUAACUUUUAGGUCAUGAUCCUCUGUACAUAAUUCCUAUGACAUCUGUGAAAAAUGUCUUCUUAGUGCUCAUGCCUACCUAGAGCAGAGCCCUACUGAUGAGUGAAAUUCUUGUUCUUCACCAACAAUGUAAUGGUGGCCGGUAGGAAGCAGACUGUAAUGGCAAUAAUAAACUGCUUCUCAAAUUCUUAGUUCCUUGUAUUCUUAGUGCCAUUGAUUGGGCAUCAGUUGUGAACGCACCUAUACAGGAUUGAAGGAAUGUACGAAAUUGUUUG